AUGCCACCAAUUCGGGAUUGGGCGUCCCUCGCCCCAGAUCUAGUGGAGCUCAUCGGGUGGAGUGUGCUGGCCGGCGACCUGCAGGACUACGUCCGGUUCCGCGCCGUAUGCUCGCACUGGAGCGCGAGCACCGUCCGCCCUCACAUCCGCGACCCACGCUUCCACCCGCGCCGCUGGAUGAUGCUCCCCGAGGGCCACGGCCUCUACCCCGGCCACCGCGACCUCCGCGGCUUCGUGCGCUUCCUCAACCUCUCCACCGGCGCCUUCGUCCGUGCCCACCUCCCGCUCCUGGAUGACCACGUCAUACUCGACUCGGUCGACGGCCUCCUCCUCCUGCACGGCGACCGUGACACCGCCAUGCGCCUCCUCCACCCUUUCACUGGCGAGAUCGUCGAUCUCCCGCCGCUGGCGUCCCUCCUGCCACAGAUGGAGACCCUUCGAUUCUACAACCGCAGCUUAACCAUGAACCCCUACGCCUCGGUUUCCGUCAGCUCCCGAGGCACCGUCACUGUCAUGCUCGCCUUUACUGACCUGGACCGUGUGGCCUAUGCCACCGACGGUGACCAGCGGUGGACUCUCUGGGAACCUUUCACGAGUCUCUUGUCUUCCGAUCUUUCGAAAAAAAGUCUCUUGUCUUCCAAUGGUAAGAUCUAUAUGGUGGAGUACGCUUAUCAGAGUCACAAGGUACACAUCUACCGGGUUGAUCCACCGUGCACCACUGCAGCUGAUGGAUUUCCUCAUUUCCCGUUGCUGAUGAAGAUUUCCGAAUGCCCAUUGGACAGAUUCAGCAUUAUUUUCAACCUUGUAGAGUGUGGCUCAGAGACAUUGCUUGUUGCUUACAACGAUGAGUCUUGCAUAGAUCUAGCAGUGUACAGACUCGCUGACCUUGUCAUCGGAAGGUUUGUGCCUAUAACGAGCAUUGGAAACUACGCCUUGGUUCUAGGGGAACGCUGUCUCUGUGUUUUACUCUCACCAAACAAAUGGCUGCCCUCCGUUUCACCUAAUUCUGUCAUCUGCAUACAUAAUUCCCAGUCCGGUCCGAAUGCUGGAGAAUACGUUUUUGAGCAGUACAGCCUGGGUACUGGCAUGUGGACUCCAGCCAGUGAUGGAGACAUUGUAGAGAUGCUGCCACCAAGCCCCCAUGAGUUCACUCAUCAUAUAUUUACUUGUUGCUAUCGUAGAUAUUGGAAUAAAGGACUCAUGUAUUCUGGAGCAACUGAGCCAAAAUGGUUGAUAAAGCAAGAAACACGGUUUGGAGAGUAUUUAAUCAUUUUUUUCUUGAUAAGGGAUGUAAUCAUCUAUUUGAACACAUCUUAUCCAUGCCAAGUAGUGGAUUAUGCCAUAGCAUUCUUGGUCACAGGGAAAAGUUAA